GAUAUGAAGUAAGGCGUGUAAGAGAAAGAUUGGUGAUGGCCUCCGGUGUUCUGUCCUCAGAGCUUGUAAUAUAAAUCAUUGAAUAUUCUCGGCCUUCCGAAACGCGCGCUCUUGUCGAGUGUGCUCGACGUCUUCAGAAAUUUAGGAUGGCUAGCCCAAGGACACGGCGAGUGCUAAUGGAUGUCAAGAAAACAAAUGCGAACCAUUUAUGUUUCGAAUGUGGGUCGCCAAAUCCUCAAUGGGCUAGCGUUACAUAUGGUAUUUGGAUAUGUUUAGAGUGUUCAGGAAAACAUCGUGGAUUGGGAGUUCAUUUGAGUUUUGUUCGCUCAAUUAACAUGGAUAAAUGGAAGGAGUUGGAGUUGGAAAAAAUGAAAGUUGGAGGCAACAGACAUGCUAAGGAGUUUUUCGUUUCACAACCUGAUUACAGACCUCAGUGGAGUUUUCAAGAAAAGUAUAAUAGUAAAGCUGCUGCUUUGUUGAGAGAUAAGAUUGCAACUGAAGCGUCUGGUGAGGAUUGGGACGAAGACGCCGCUAAUAUACGUAAUAAUAAACCUACCAGUAUAAGUCAUGUAAAAACAACCGGUGAUCUACCAUCUUUAUCCUCAGAUAAACGAAACUUUCAUAAUCAUAAUGAUUAUCAAACCCCUGACUAUUAUCCUGGAUCAAACAAAAUGACCAGUUGCCAUUCAGAUUUGGAAUCCUGGUUAAGGGAUACAAACUUAUCCGAGGAGCAUGAUUCAUCUAAAACACCAGCAACGAAGACAACAACAACUUCUGCCAAUGCACGUUAUGAUAAAGUUCCAGAUUGGGCUGACUCUAAAUUUAUGGAUGAUAAUGGUAAAUAUACGAAUUCUUCGUCUAGGCAUUAUUCAUUAGUACCUGAACGAAAUGAUAAAUACUCAUGGCAGUCAGGUUGGGCAAUGGUUAGUCAAGUGGCCUCAGUAGCUGCUAAAUGUACCAGUCAAUUAGCAUCUCAAGCAACACAAAAAACCAAAGAAUUAACUCAAUCCGUUCAGGAAAAAGUUAAAGAUAGCAAUAUUUUGGAUUCAUUAUCAAAAGGUGUUGAUACUGUCACCUCAAAGUUGCAAACAGUGAAAGCGCAAGGAAUUCGAAGUUUUGAAUCAUAUUGGACCAGCAAUCCUGAAUCAGAUCUGUCUACCGGAAAUUUUGACAAAUCAUAUGGGUCUACUCUCUUCAAUAAUCGUGAACAAGAUCGUUCCAGUUCAAUGUUUCUUGAUCGACACCUACAACAUGGAACCGAUUCGUUUAAUAGAAGUGAAGGAAAAGGUAAUGCUUUUUCGUUCACAUUCAAAAUGAAGAAUGUUUCGUGUGCAACUGUGUGUUAUGGACGAGGUUUUUGACAACUAUUGAAACGGGAUUUCAGUUGAUAAAUUCACUGUGUAGAGUGGUUAUUUAUAGAUGAACACAAUGAUAUGAUGUGUGGCUAAGUGAUGGUUAGUUACGAGACUGUAUUAUUGACAGAAUUCGCCGAAUAAUUAGGGAUGACUGACAAGACUACUAGUUGUAUGAAUAUAUUUUCUAUGUGAUAUAUUAAUAUAGUUAUAUUUGGAAUGUGAACAGGAAAUAAAAAUGAUAGAAUGUAAUGGGGAAUCGGAGUAAAUUAGCCUGUAGGUCACUGGCCCGGGGACGUGACCCUAGAUUUCAAGGGACGACUUCUCAUGGCCGAUAACACGACCUUUUGUUAUGACUUUAAAUUGGGUCGAUUUUUACCCUGUGUUAUCGAUCGAUCACAGUGACACGCAAACACGUAGUGGACGGCCUAGAGUCUCGAUUGGUCCCGCUUCCCUGUCUAGCCCAGUCAGUUGAGUCCAGAACACAAGUCACAACCUCUGAGAUAUGAAUCAUUAUAUUUCAAACAUACUUUGUUUAUAUACCAAUCAAGCAUACCACAUCGUACCAUAAAAUAGAAAACAACAUUUUGUACAAUAUUCAACAAGUAAACAGAUAUCGACCAAUAGGAAAUGUCCAUUUAACGUCCAAGGACACCAUUGGACUUAACAUGAUAAUUAUUGGUCUAUUCCUCCGCAUCCACAACACCUUUUCAUGACAAGUUUGUAAUGUGUGUUAGCGACGUACUUCAAACUGUCUUAUUAUCAGAGAAAAACCUCUAUGGUAAAGUGAGGUUUAACAUUCCCGCCUCCUUCCUUCUAUUGUGAGAAAGCUCCAUUGUCGCAGAUUCCUGUUGUCUAUCGAAAACACCUUAAUUCUGUCACACCUCUGUACAGUCAGCAGUAUGAACUCACUCUCGAACCUUAAGUUUGUAAUUUUAGUUUUACCGAUCUCCAACCGAUCUGCCUGGGAUAGUAGGAUCCUAAAAGAACAAGUGUUCCAGUUAGUCUAUCUGGAUUGGUUGAUUACAAUAGGCAAACCCGACUAUCACUUCAAGGUAGCAGCUACUGUCAGCUACAACCAUAGCGUUUUGUUCGUAUUCCUCCCAACAUACGCAAUUAAAGAAAAAGAGGAAAUGGGUGGUUUCACAGAAGAGCUUUUGGUAUCUCCUAACGAGGCGAAAACACGAUUCAGCUAUUUCAUACCCGACUAUUUCUAUCUGUCAUCGCACAACUAUAACCACGCGUAAUCCCAGCUUUUUGCUGUUGCCAAGCUCAUAUAUAUAUUUUUCAGAGACUUCAUCAUUACAUACACUUAGGGACCUAUUUUGCAUGGAGUCGCCCUAGCAACUUUUGUCAACUUAUGUCAUACUUGCAAGAGAUUGGAUUACUUGAAUUUUCAGCGUUAGUUAUUGAUAAUAUUAAUACUUGUUAAUUAUUCCAAAUAGUAAUAAUGACAGUUUAUUGUUUGAUGUGAAAGAUAAUUGUAUAGGAUCAACUGGAAGAUAUUGUACUGUGUACUUUGAUUAUUACUUAACAUUUCUAUCAAUAUAUGGGUUGUGUUAAUUUAUAAAUAAAUAACGUAAUAUGUUCAUUAGUUUAAAGAUUUUGACUAAUAAUAAUUACAACAGAUCUGCUUGAACUCUACUGGUAACGGCUUCUCACUAGAACUCCAGGAGUAUCUCUUGAAGUCAGUCACUACUAGUGAGCAGAUGAUUAUUAUCAGAAGGUGUUUUGUGGAGAUUUUAGAAAUUUCACUGGUUGAAAUCAUGAGUCAAUUGAAGCUAGACCACCAUGGAAAACCUGGAAGCACUGGACGGCCGUUUCGUCCUAGUAUGGGACUCCUCAGUGGCAGUGCGCAUCCACGAUCCUGCACUCCGCGAGAUUCGAACCCAGGACCUAUAUUUAUAAUCGACAAAAUUUCAUGAAAAAAGAUGCAAAAGGGUUUAUUUGACUUUCAAUAGCUCACUCCAUCUAUGAUCCAAGCAAUAUAUUAGACUAUAUGUUAAAGGGUAUGCACUGCUCACCAGUGCAUUAUAUUACUUAGCGAGUGGAAAAGAUCCGUAUGUCUUUCAUUAUUAUUAUUUUAAAGAUCAUCUUGUAAUGUAUGCAUGGAUGUGCGUGAUUGAUUAAUCAGCAUUCUAAUGAGUACUUUUUGCCUUAUAUGUAGUUCUUUAAGAAAUGCAGCGUAAGAUUAUAACUACUGUAUUUAAUGAUUUUCGGACUAGGUUGACCUUAUCUCAUUCAAAAUAUACCUUAUUUGUGAGAAACACACUUGAGCCAUCUUCGUUUCCAUUGUUUUAAAUAUCUCUCCCCCUACUACAAAUCCUCAAAAAUCAGACUCAUCAGCCUUCAUUUUACAUCUUGUCGUCUUCUAUAUCGUUACUUAGUUUUUUAGUAAAAUGUCUUCUUGCGGCAGCCAUUCAUUAUAUACCACUCGAAAGGCUGCUCAUACGCUUGAAAACCUCAACAUAGAAGGCAGUAUUCAUUGUUUGUUCCUUAGGAAUAGAUUCAUGGUGAACUCUGUCAUAAAUGUCAAAAACGAUAAGUAGCAUUACUUCUUUAUAGGCUUUUUAGUGUUUGAGUCUCAUACAUUGCUUUCCACGCUUUCUUCUAUGAUUUCAAUUCAAUGUUUAAUUAGAUCCAUAGUUAGUAUUUCAUAUAGAUCAGUCCAUGUAUUUAUUAGAUAAACUAUGUAAGCUAUUUGAAAUAGGUUACUUUAAAAAGAAUAAUCAUUUAAACAAACAAAUAUCCUUCAUAUUAAUGUUUAGGGGCUUCAUUGUCGAAUACCAAUUGGAAUAACAAUGAAACCUGUGAUUGGGAUUUAAGCAAUGAUCGUGGAUGGGGAUCGAUUGAUGAUGAUGAUUGGUCUACUACAACUGCUGAUGGUGGUAAUUCUAGGACAACACUAACUAAUGAAUCAGUUGUACGACGUGAUUCCAAACUUGAAAACAAUGGUCACAAUCGAAGAAGCCGUAAAAAUUCUUAGAUUCAAUUACUUGAUAAUUUAAAUUCUCCCAAUCCUGUUUUUGUUUUUGUUUUGUUUGGAAGUGUGAUCAAGGUCAUUUAUCUUAUCUUGUUUGUAUACUGUAACUACUCAUUUCUUGGCUCUUUUGUUUGUUUGUUUUUGAUUGAAUAAAAAUUGUUUUUUCCCCCUAUUCUUUCUUUAAUUCGAAAUAAUGUAUAAUUUAUUUUCAAUCUGAAGAAAUCUCUUUCAUUUACUAUAUAUAUCUAUCUUGAUUUCGCUAUGUAAUCUUUAUAUAGUAGGAAUUAAAGAUGCACACAUCUAUAAAUUCUAAUCACUUGUAAUGGUAACUAAGCCAAUGAUCUUUCUCUUUUUGAUUUCUUGUCUUUUUUGUUUUAAACCCAUUUGGCGUUUUGUACGAUAUUAGUAUCACUAAUUCAGUAGUAGUACUGUGUUUUGUAUGAGUAAUAUAUAGUAUGAAACGUUUGCACGGUUUAAGUAAAAAUCAUCUUUUAUGUGGUUACGUUUGUUGUUUUUUUUUACAGACAGAUGUGACUUAUUCAAUAUAUUCGCUUGUUCAAUUUUUGUUUGUGUUGCUCUAAUUCAAUUAUUCAGUAAUUAGGCUUGUAAUUUAUGAAUGAUGAAUUUAAAUGUUGUUCAAUGA